CUUCUUUUCUUUAACACUAGAUGGAAUCCACUCGAGAUUUCAUUGCAAGAACACUCGCUCCUCUCGUUGCUGUAGCAGCAAGCGAAGAUGCAGAAGAACUGUGUCGAGUCAAUCAUAUUCCUUCGUUUGCUGACUUUAUUAAACCCUUUGGCGAUAUGAUUGAAAGUCGAGGUAACUUGUUGUAUUGAAAUAAGCUGUUCAUAAUGUAUAAAGUGACUCCACGCGACUGGCAAGGCAUGCCUCUUCCUAUUGAUAAUUUUAAUAUACGUUUUCGACCCAUCGAUAAACUAGACGAGCCCAAUCACCUUGCCAUCAUGAAGCUAGUUCAAGACAAUGUAAAAUCAGAAGGAGACCAAGUACCUCAAGACUUGAUAAAGGAAAUAAGAACGCGCCAUGAUGUGACAGAAGACUAUUUAAACACUCCUCUGGAUGAAUUGACACCUUGGUAUGCUAGUUUCAAAAAUACCAUAUUAACACAGAGGGGCAUUACAGAAUACGAAACAUUUGAUCACCCUGUAGCUACCAUGAUUGUCAUUUCUUCAACUAACCCAGACCCUGUCAGUACAAUUAUGCAACUCUAUAAUCCUAAUGUGCCUUCCUUUACGGUGGAUAAACCUUAUGUAGAUACCAACAUUCUUCGAUACUAUAUUGUGCUUCAUGAUCCCAACAAAACCACUUAUGAACACUCUCUCUCUGUGUUUGAUAAACUCAAACGUACAGUGGGUUUGCAUUGUUAUCUAUUGACAGUCAAUUCAAACCCUCGAGAUCCAUUAGACGAUGAAAGCAUACAAGAGACAGUGGAAGACAAUAUUCGUGAUAUUUGGGAACAGAGCAUCACAGACAACUAUCGCAUUCAGUCUGAAUUGCAGUCCUUUGUUGAAUCCAGCAACACGUCUUCUUUUCAAUCACCUAUGUCGCCUGCUUCAUCCACCACACACUCUCGCUCUGCUUCUAUCUCAUCUAAUCUAAGCAGCAAUCACAAUGUUACUUCGACAGUCAUUCAUGGUAGUUCGAUUCAGUCCAUGCCUAUUGAUUUGAUCGAUACCAACAUACCCACUUAUGAAGAAACGCAGCCAACACCAUUACCUACAAACAUUGCUUAUGGGCGAUGCAUGACACACGACGAUGUUCAUGGCGUCAAGGCUAUGAUGCGUGAAUUUAUUGUGCAGAGCUUAAUUCCCUUUAUGGAACGCAACAUUCAGCAUUGGAAUGAACAAGUGGCUUCAGCACGUCGAGGAUUGACAGGUCGUUUAUUUGGUGCCUCACGAAGAUUCUUUGGCACCAGCACACGAUCUCCUACGCCUCAAUCUGUUCAGACCAUUCCUGCACAAGGACUCAAUGUACCCACAGGCAUGAACACACUCACCAUCUAUCCCUACAGUGCACCUGAAGCGCAAAUGCGUAAAUUAGCAGACUACGCUUUCAUGUUGCGAGACUACAAGUUUGCUCAUACUAUUUAUGAUACAGUGCGUCGUGACUAUGCUACAGAAAAGACAUAUAAAUAUCAUGCGGGUACACAGGAAAUGAUGGGUAUCUGCUUACUGAUGACACCCGCGUUGCAGAACAAGACAGAUGUUGAUCGACAUUUUGAACUCGCUGUUCAGCAAUACGUCGGACGGUGUCGAUCUCCCUUCCAUGCAACUCGAACCACAGUCAUUUACUAUGAACUGUUGAAGGCACGCAAGAUGUGGAAAGAGAUACCUACAGCACUUGUGCGUAUGACAGGUGAAGAUUCAGACUUGAGAUCUGCCUUGUUUCUUGAACAAGCAGCGCAUUGUUUCUUACGUGCGAAUAAAGCCAUGGUACGUAAAUAUGGAUUCCAUCUUGUGAUGGCUGGGCAUCGGUAUGGUAAAUCCUCGCAGCGGUUACUGGCCUAUCGUGCCUAUAAGAUGGCUUCGUUUGUGCUCGAGAACAAUACGUGGUUGAUUGCUAAAUCGCAUAUUCAAUUUGCAUUGGGACGUCAAGCGUUUCAUUUGGGUCGAUUGGAAGAUGCAGUGACUUAUUUCUCAAAUGUCCUGACAGAUUCUAAACAGACCCCUCAGCAACAAAUAGCCCAUAUUCGUGAAUUCCUGUUUAUCUAUAAACAGUACAUGGCAGCUGUAGGUAUGGAUCCACUCAAGGAAUCCUUACCUCAUUUAGCUUUGCCUGUGAUUGAAGAUCGUGAUAUUCAAGUUACGUUAUCUAACCAACAAUCUAACCUCCAGCGAGAAGAAUGGGCAGUUAUGGAACUGGAGCUUUUGGAAGACAAUAUCACAAAGGGGUAUAUCUCGAGUUCAAAACGAGCAAUGGCUAGACAACAGCAGGAUGAUCAUCGUGUGGUUUGUGCAGUAGGUGAACCUGCUACAGUGCAUGUAGAACUCUAUAAUCCUUUACAAGUGCCUAUUUCUCUCAGUCAUUUGCUGUUGGGCUGUGAAUACUAUACCAAUGCCAAUGAAAAGACGGCUACUGUAGAUGCUUACCAAGUCAUGCCUGACUGCAAACCAUUGGAGAAUGGCAUGUUUGGUUUUGAACAUUAUAAAUUAGAAAAGAUCAAUGAAAUCACAUUGGAACCUUUAGAGAAAAAGACGAUUAAUUUAGCUAUCGUUCCUUGUCAUGAAGGUAGUCUUCAAGUCACUGGUUUACAUUACACUUUGAAUGAACUGGUUCAUACGUUUAGACCAUUCCAUAAAAAGGGUAAAAGACUCAACAAGACCAAGGCUGAUAUGAUGUCAGUCACUUAUGCACCUGAUCGUUCGCUUGAUAUUCUGGUCACUUCACCUAUGCCUUUGCUUGACCUGGCAUUCCAUCAUGUACCUGAGACUAUCAUGUCUGGUGAAGUAAUUCAAACUGUGCUUGAGAUCAACAAUAAAGGCAAUAAGGGUCUGACUGCACUUCGACUCAAGACAAGUCAUCCUAGUUUUAUCUGUGUAGGCAAUCCUGAAGACAUGGACAAAGAUGUUUAUGGAUCUUUCGAGGAAGAAAGUCGCCUUGAACUCAACAAUGAACUGUUUGAUACUAGUGUGAUCUCUAUUCCUUUACCUGCCAAGGGCUCAAAAGAAGAAGAAGAAGAAAGUUCUCAUCCUCAUGGUGUUGUUGUGCCUGGGGAAACAACGCUGGUGCCACUUUGGAUCCGUGGUGAUCGUAUCGGCAAACAUACAUUCAAACUCUUGUUUUCGUAUCAAUCUGAAGAAGACAAUGCAAUGAUUGCUCACCGUACACUUCGCUCUACACUUCAUGUCCAAGUGCUUCCUUCGUUGAAGAUCAAUGCAUUCACUCGACAAAGCACAACAGCUGUCAAUGAGUAUAUCUUGGGUAUCGAAAUAGAGAAUUUGCAGACUGUGGCUCAAUUUGACUUGACACAGUUAACAGCAACCAGUCCUAUGUGGCGUAUUACACCCCUCUCGAUUGACCUUAGCUCACAUGAAGAUGUGGCGGCAAAGACAGUGAUACCCCCAAGACAGACAACAUUUGCCUAUUAUAAAAUUAGCCGAUCAGAGACAGUAGAUACAUCUCGACCAGAAGCAUGGACAUCCAAUGCACUUGGCGCCUUGUUAGUCAAUUCAGAUACCAAAGCUCAAAAACCAUCUCCUGUUUCUCUUAACCUGAGUAAACUGUCUUUUAAAGGCAGCGAUAUUCCAUACACGGCAAUACCAUUGAAGACAUUUGCACUGAAUUCUCGUAUGCAUUGGCGACAAGGCAACUUGGAAUCUCAAUUCCCCAAUAUCUCACAAGAGCGUUAUGGUCGUCUAUUUACGCUGUAUAAUUCAGGCGAUAUUGAUCUGGCUCUGUAUUGGGAUAUUCCCAAGAUGAAGCGUCAUGGUCAUCAUUACAUUAUUGGUGUCAAUUUAGGUGUACAGCAGAAUCCUUUCCAAGGCACCCAUGCUGAUUUGACAGCCAAGACAACCAACCGUACCAUGUUUGAAGCGACAGCAAAAGAAAGAACACUGCUUGUGAACAGCUUAACUCGUAAUCGACAUUUAAAGGAUGAAAGUCCUAUCAAACUCAUGAUUUCCUCUCCUGACAGACAAGUGCAUGAUUUUGAAAAAGAAGGACUCUUAAAAGUACCCAUUUCGGUACAACUUCGCAAUUGUUCUUGGAAUAGAACAAGCAAGUACACCUUAGAAUUGCUGCCUUGGUCUACUGAUCCUAAACCCAGAAAUAACGCAAAGACUUCUAAUACCUUCAAUAUCUUUCCAUUUCAUUGGACAGGCUCUACUGUCUUUUCAGGUGUUUUAAAACCAGAAGAAUCAACGCAGAUUGAAGCACUUGCUACUUUCCAAUUACCUGGUGUUUAUGACAUUAAUCGCUGGAAACUAACUGUGCGUACAGAAGAUAAGGAUGAUGCUGAAGUCUUUGUUCAUCAACCAAGUCUACCUCAAUUGAUUACGACAAUCGCCAUGUAAUUUUAAUUAAAUCUCAGUUCUUGUUUUUUUCUUGUUCUUUGCCCUGGCCCAUUUUUUUUUCUUUUCUUUCUUUCUUUCUUUUUCUUUCUGAUUAUGCCUCGUUUUAUUUCU